UUUUACAUACUCGAAUUUUCAAUAAAUUGAGUAACCGUAGAACAAUGUUUCUUUGUUUUUCAACAAUUCUGUACGUCUGUAUUUUAUUGUUUGCAUUUCCUUCAAGUUCUUUAAUGUAUCCACAUUUUAUCUCUGACAUUGAGAGAUAUAAUUUUGGGAAAGGCUUGUAAUAAGAAUGACAAAAAAUAUAACUCGAAAUUCUAAAAUACACACUCUGAAUCGUCGUAAAUCUUUUUUUUUAUAUUCAGGAGCAAUUUUAAAGAGACAAAUCUUUAGUGGAUAUGAGAAAUGUAGAACUCAUAGAAAGAUAAGAAUUAUCGUCCGUCCCACUCACACAAGCUAAAAGCUUAGAGAGCGGAUGCACUAGUCCUGAUAAGUGGUAAGGAUGCUGAAGGAUUCCCGACAUGUUAUAACAUCACGUUGACACGUGAAGAAUAUAAGUGUCGAAGAAUUGAGAAAAAUCUACUGAACGUGUUAAGUAAAGCAAUAUUAUCAAGGCAAGAUAAACGGAAUAUUCGUCGCGGAUACUCACGUUUGAAACAUUUACUUUCAGACUUUCACAGGCUCGAAUUCAUUCCUUGAUUAAAAUAUGUUUUCGUAGUAUUUGUUCUUCCGGUUUGUGCGGCUAAACGUACUUUGUACAUGCUAUGCGACUGCAAUUAGUGUUCAAUUGUAUCAAUUAUGUUUGUCAGAAGACAUUUGUUUAUAAAAAGUACUGUAUGCGUUGCAUUGUACUUCCUCGUAUGUGUUAUUUUUAUCAAAGUAAGAAAAAAUUUCAACUCGAAGCAAGUGACAGAAGUGAGAACGACCGAGUAUCAAACGGUAACGCUCGACUCUUCAUCUGUCAGCAAGAUAAAUAAGAGAAAUGUCGGGUCGGUGAUCGAAAUGUUGCGAUUAGACGAGCUGAAAGGCGAAACUAUCGAUAUGCAGGGGAGCGCGGCUCUACUUCGACAGGUGUCAAAUACAUGUGCCAAGUACAAUCUGAAGAGAACACCUUUUGUUAAAAGACACUUUUUGUACAACGCUAAGCACAAGUCGUUAUAUUGCUGGAUCCGUAAAAUUGCGUCCACCAGUUUCACCAAAUUAUUCUCCGACAUGAGCGAUCGCCGAGUCAGCCACAAUUUUUACAGAGAAGUGGAUUUUCUGUCGCCGAAAACUCUGGCAAACUUGCAGCAUUAUGUUAACGACAGCACCGUCUUCAAACUGCUCGUUGUCCGGCAUCCGUUUCAACGACUGGUCUCAUCGUACAGGGAUCGCAUCGAAGACAACAGCAGAUACACCGCGCAAUCCUGGCUCCACGUUCCCUCGAUUCUUUACCUUUCGAGGCCGGAAUUCUUCCGUUCCAGAUCGUCGAACGACAACAUCCCGGACAAGAUAUUCCUACCGGACAAAAGACUGAAAGUGAUCCCCAGUUUUCGCGAGUUCGUCCAAUGGUUGCUGAGACAACCGUCGGAACGCGAUGAUGUACACUGGGCCCCAUAUCACACUCAUUGCGCGGUCUGCCGUGUGAAUUAUAAUUUCAUCAUGAAACUGGACGAUUACACCUUGGGGCAGAUCAAUUACGUUCUGUCAAAGCUGAAACUGGACAGGGACAAAGUCUACUUGCCCACGUUGCAACGCACUCGUAACGGGUUGACCGACUUCAAAACUGAAUGCAAGUACUUCCGCAAUCUGACCGACGACAUGGUCAUCCGGUUGUACGAGAGGUAUAAAGUGGACUUCGACAUGUACGGCUACAAGCCGGACAAAUACUUGCGAUGUGCUCAGAGAAAGGAUUAACUUGAGCGAGGUGAUAAAGCGUAUUGGUAAUAUUCAGCUCUUUCGAUGAAGGAAAAUUCCUUCGGAGAGAGAAAUUUUGUUCUUAAUGGAAAUCACAGACAGACAGUGAUUACACGGCCGUCUCGAUCAAUACUUCUUUUAAUGUAUAAAGUCGAUCAACUGAUUUAUCACAUGGUAUAAUAUCAAUGAUAAUAUAAUAUGAUGUGUAUAUAUUCUACAAUAUACAAAAUUAAAUUAUUAUAUCAGACAUGUU